CGGACCCCCAGUGCUGGCUGACGCCACGUGGAAGGGAUAGGCUACGUGCUCGCUACGUGGUGUAACCCCCGUGAUUGCCUUUAUUCGGGCACUUACUUCUUUGUGUACACGUUCUUCAACUUGGUGCCAUUACAGACAAUGCCUAGACCAAAGAAGAACGUGGCUUUACGUCGCAAAUGUGCAAAAAUUGCGACAAAAGCAUCGGUUGUUGCCGCCAAGCGAAAGCGUCAUGCCGCUGCUGGGAGCGCGGACGCGCCGCCACCACCACCUCCGCCACCUGUUGCUUCAUGUUCACGUGAACCAACGAGUGCACAGAAAAGAAAAUCUCUUGUGACUGAACAGAAAGAACAACCACAAGCUAGUGAAAUGAAAACACGAAGCAUAUUUUGUGAAGAGACACUGAAAGAAAUUGUGGAAAGCAUGUUAUGUCCAUCGUGUUGUCAGAACAAUGCUACUGCUAAGUUUACACACCACCAGAUAGACACGUACAUUCGAGUGGAGUGUUCAUGUGGUCACGUUGUUGCAGAUACUAAGAAAGGUGUGCAAGUGAAAGAAAAGUGCUAUCCCAUGACAACAUUAUUAGUGUACUGCAUGAUGAUACUCGGUGUUGGAUACGUUGGUGUUGACAAACUAAUUUCAUUUUUUAGCUUGCAUCACUUUACUAGACCUACCUACGUUCGUUAUGCCAGGUUUAUCACAAAAACUGCCACAUACUUAGCAAAAAGUGUCCUGGAAAAGAGUAGACAUGCUGUAAGUGAUCAUUUUGCAAGCAAACAGGAUGUUGAACAAGUUGAUGGCAAGUUUCUAGUAAGCACAACUUUUGAUGGCUCUUGGCAUAAACGUGGUCACAAAUCAAACUUCGGAGUAGGUGCAGUGAUUGAUGUUGACACAAGACUUAUUUUAGAUUAUGAAGUUUGUUCAAAAGUAUGUUUCAAGUGUCACACCAAAGUAAAGCAAAUGGAGAGAGGCGAAAUUACUGCUACCGAGUAUGUGGUUUGGUUGGAUAAACAUGAUGACUGCGACGCGAAUUAUGAUGGCUCCUCAGGGGGAAUGGAGGCAGCAGCAGCUGUGGCAUUGUGGCGUAGAUCUCGUCAGUAUGACAUGAUUUAUAAAACAUUCGUAUCUGAUGGUGACAGCUCUGCAUUCCGUUCUGUGUGCAGGAUGUAUCAAGGUGCAGGACCAUAUGGUGACCAGUGCCCUGUCGUGAAGGCCGAGUGCAUCAACCAUGUUGCAAAAAGACUUGGCACAGGUCUUCGUGCUUUGAAAAAGACAAAAAGUGAUGCAGAAAAGCCAGCAACAUGGGGAGGAAGACAUAAGCUGACUGACGUAGUUAUAGAUCACCUGCAGUUUUAUUUUCAAGUGAGUCUGAGCAGAAAGGUGGGCACAACUGCUAGUGAAAUGCGUGAGGAAAUCAUGUCAACUUUCUUCCACUGCACGUCAACAGACGACAAUCCUCAACAUGACAGAUGUGCCAAAGGUGAAAGAUCAUGGUGCUUCUACAACAGAAGCAUUGCUUUAGGACAACAGCCUCAUUCCCACACCAAAAUGAAAGUUUAUUUCCGUCUGGAAGAAGCUCAGAAGAGAAAAAUAAAAGCCAUCUAUGACAGACUCACUACAGAUGAGAUGAUGAAUCGAUGUCUUCAGGGCAUAACUCAAAACCGAAAUGAGCACCUACACUCAAGAAUAUGGAAGAUAUGCCCAAAACAUCGCAAUGCAUCAAAAAUGUUGGUGGACUUCGCAGCAGCAACUGCGGUAUGUAAUUACAAUGUCGGCUACAGUGAGAGCAACUUGGCUGGCCUGCUUGGCAUUGAACCUACAUUGUCUAUGGAGAAAUAUCUGCAGAACAUGGACAAGACGAUGGACUCCCCAUUCAGACGAAAAAUGAGGAACAAGAACCUGCGAAGAGACUUGGAGUAUGCAGCUGGAGGCUUCUGACUCACUGUGUUGUCAACAAAUCCUUUUUUCUCAAAAUAGGUAUCUUAGCAUUAUGUCAAUAAAUUUUCAUGAAGAUUGA